AUUAUGAUGAAGGGGAGUUGGUGGGUGAAAUUGUAAGAAUAGGUGGCAAGUAGAAGAUGCAGGCCCAACCACAGUACAAGAAAUUCAAUUUUUUUGCCCUUUCCAUAGUCUCUUUCUUUUCUAAUUUCUUCUUCAACUUGUACAUGCACAUCCCAAUCAACACAUGAAUCAUUAGGGUUUAUCCUCCAGCAGCUAUGAGUGCCUCCAGGUUCAUCAAGUGUGUCACAGUCGGUGACGGUGCCGUCGGCAAGACUUGCAUGCUCAUCUCCUACACUAGCAACACUUUCCCUUCCGACUAUGUGCCGACUGUCUUUGACAAUUUCAGUGCAAAUGUAGUUGUGGAUGGAAGCACUGUGAAUCUUGGGUUGUGGGAUACUGCUGGCCAAGAAGAUUACAAUAGAUUAAGACCCUUGAGCUAUCGUGGAGCAGACGUAUUCCUGCUUGCUUUCUCUCUCAUAAGCAGGGCCAGCUAUGAAAAUGUUGCCAAAAAAUGGAUUCCUGAGUUGAGGCAUUAUGCCCCUGGUGUUCCAAUUAUUCUUGUUGGAACAAAACUUGAUCUUCGGGAUGAUAAGCAGUUCUUUCAAGACCAUCCUGGUGCAGUGCCUAUCACCACAGCACAGGGUGAGGAACUGAGAAAGCUUAUCAGUGCUCCAGUAUACAUUGAAUGCAGUUCAAAAACACAACAGAAUGUGAAGGCUGUUUUUGACGCGGCCAUCAAGGGAGUUCUCCAGCCCCCAAAGCAGAAGAAAAAGAAGAGAAAGGGGCAAAAGGCCUGUUCCAUUUUGUGAUCUUCAGUUCUUAAUAUAGUAGUUCGUGGAGGAUGACUUGACUGUAGUCUUGCGCCAUUCUAUAUCUUAUACUAUUUCCUACCUAGAUGAAGGAAUCACCAUGUCCAACUGACCACAUCAAGGUUCGCUCAUAAGCAUCAAGCUAUUUGUCUAAUUCUCUCUGGCUGUAGGAUCUGUAAAGUGAUGAUUUCAAUAUGUUUGGCGUGCACACAACACUUGCGUUUCUCUUGGCUGUUUACCUGUUGUAUUGAUUAUUGAAUAGCCAUAUCCAGCAGUGGACACGGGUUCUUCUAUUCAUGUUGUAAUCUAAUCUAGGAAGUGCUUGCAUAUGUGGCUUUGGAUGUGAACUAAGUAUAUGUAAUUAAUUAUGUUAGCUGCUUAACAGCUUGGAUAUAGUUUGGUUUGAUUAAGGUUUAAUUCUUCCGUUUAUUUA